CUAUGCGCCUAUAACCUUGUAUUGGUUUGGUAAAACAGCACAAGAAAAUAUGCAAAGCUGCUUUAAACAUUUUUAAACUUUAUAAAGUCUUCUUCCGUACUAUUUCUUCCCAUCAUGAGUAAAUACAUUCUGCCAGUUUCUGUUUUUGGAACCGUUUUUGGUUGUGCUGUAUUGCUGAAAAACCAUGUGACAGGUGGCCGAUGUAAGAGUAAAGCUACCAUCCAUGGCAAGACUGUGGUGAUAACAGGAGCCAACACAGGCAUUGGGAAAGAGACAGCCCGAGAGCUCGCUAAGAGAGGAGGUCGUAUUAUUAUGGGAUGUCGAGAUCUGGAGAAGUGCGAGGCAGCUGCAAAGGAGAUUCGAGGGAAAACACUGAAUCCUCAUGUUUACUCCUGCAGGCUUGAUCUGGCCUCUCUUAAGUCCAUCCGUCAGUUUGCAGAACGAAUUAAAAAAGAAGAGAGCCGUGUGGAUAUUCUGAUAAACAAUGCGGGAGUAAUGCGAUGUCCAGCUUGGAAGACAGAAGAUGGCUUUGACAUGCAGUUUGGGGUAAAUCAUCUAGGCCACUUCUUGUUGACAAAUCUUCUGUUGGAUAAGUUGAAAGAAUCCGCCCCCAGCCGAGUGAUCAACCUGACCUCGCUCGCCCACAUCCUUGGAAAGAUUGACUUUGAGGACUUGAACUGGGAGAACAAGAAGUUUGAUACCAAGCAGGCGUACUGUCAGAGUAAGCUUGCCAAUGUUCUGUUCACCAGAGAGCUGGCCAAGCGAUUACAAGGCACAGGAGUAACAGUGAAUGCUGUCCACCCAGGCGUUGUUGCCACUGAGCUUGGGCGACACACAGGUCUCCACCAAUCACAGUUCUCCAGCUCAGUGCUUAGUCCUUUUUUUACUCUUUUGGUGAAAAGCCCUGAGCUGGGGGCACAGCCCAGUGUCUUCCUGGCAGUGUCUGAGGAGAUGGAAGGUGUAACUGGACAGUACUAUGAUGUGAUGACAGAGAAGGAGCCAGCGCCUCUAGCCCUGGAUGAUGAGGUCGCUCUGAGGUUAUGGGAAGUCAGCAGUAGACUGGUGGGCCUGAAAGAGGACAGACAGAGCCAGUCAGAGCCAGCAGGAUCAAAACAGAGCAAUGCUGUAGAGACACACAAGCCGAGCCCACAGACUUCCCCUACUGCAGCUGCCUCAGCAUCUGCAUUGGAAAAACACUGAACAUACGGAGUCACCACCCCACCCAGCCUAUUAAUAAUUUGUAUACUGUAUAUAAGAUAAUGUAUUUUAAAAAGCAAUGAAGCAUAAAUGUCUACUUCAAUAUCCAAUGUGUGACACACAAUUGC